CGAACCAACAGGUUAUAAAGUCAGGCCCCUCGCCGGCCGUUGUCAGUCUACACAAUAGGCUAUCGCGGUGCACUGAUAUCUCGAAAAUGAAGUCUCUAACCUUGGUUCUCUUUGCCGUGCUGAUCGUGGCGGUGAGCUGCAGGCCGGACAAGCCGGAUCUCAAGCAGCUGAAGGCGGAGGCGGCGCGCAAGAAGGCCUGUCUCCACGACUGUACCUCAGUCGCGUUCGACCCGGUGUGCGCCGGGAAGACGGGAGAGAAGCCCAAGUCCUUCGGCAGCGAGUGCGUCAUGAACAACUACAACUGCGAGCACAAAGAUACCCUGAAGAAGAUCAGCAAAAGCGAGUGUACUGGGUCUGACGGAAUCCGCCUGUCUUAAACCAAACAGCUACAAAACUAUAAAAUUUCUGCUAUACCUUUUACCUACUUUAACAUACUCAUCUUUGUCUAACUAGUAUGCUAACUAUGAAAACUUUUAGUAUAUAACUGCUUUUUGAU